AUGGACAUCAAUGGCGUUGUCGUUCGACGAAUCCUGGUAGACACCGGAAGCAGCGUCAAUGUGCUAUACUUAGAAACCUUCAUCAAAAUGGGAAUGACUCGAGAACAGCUGAGUCCUGUCAAAACUCCCCUCGCCGGUUUCACAGGGGACUCGGUGGAGGCGGAAGGAUCAAUCACAGUUCCCGUGGAGAUUGGCAGUUACCCAGAUGUACAGAAACUCAGCUUGAAGUUCAUUGUGGGUGAUUUGCGCUUCUGCCUGCCCGAGCACAUUGUCAGCGACAACGGGCGACAGUUCGAUUGUCAGGCAUUCGCCGACUUCUGCCGCCGACACGAUAUCCGCCACACUAAGGUGUCGAUGGCAUACCCACAGGCCAACGGACAAGUCGAGAACGUGAACCGAACGCUGGUGGAUGGGAUUUGGAAGAAAUUGGAAGAUAUUCGAGGAAAUUGGGGGGAUGAGCUUGACCGAGUCCUAUGGGCUUAUCGCACUACCCAGCGACAAGCAACGGGAGAGAGAGUCCAUUCUCACUCGCGGCUUCGAGGCAAAGGUUCCAAUUGA